CUCCCCGUUUCAAAGGCCCCUUCCGUGUACUCAUCCUUUCACAUAACAGAAAGAAUUACUUUCAGCUAACAUUUGCGUAGUUUCAUUUGCGCUCUCUCUAUAUAUAUAUAUAGUUUUGUUCAGUUCGUCCUUCUCCAAUAUGGAUUCAUAUUCCAAUUCUUCUCGUGAUUCUUCUUCCCCUUUUGAUUCUAUUGUUUUUGAUUUGGAUGAUACUCUGUACUCGUCCAAGACUGGAAUUGGCCAAGCAUUGAAGAAGAACAUUGACGAUUUUCUGGUGGAGAAAUGUGGUUUUCCGGAGUCGAAAGCAUCGGCUUUGCGUGUUGAGCUUUUCAAAACUUACGGCAGCUCUCUCGCCGGUUUACGAGCGUUAGGCUAUGAUAUUGAUGCCGAUGAUUAUCACAGCUAUGUGCACGGAAGAUUGCCGUAUGAAUUGAUUAAACCGAAUGCUCAAUUAAGAAGCAUCUUGCAUAGUAUUAAUCAAAGGAAAAUUAUUUUCACGAAUUCGGAUCGAAUUCAUGCAAUAAAGGCACUAGAUCGUCUAGGAAUCAAGGAUUGUUUUGAACAAAUUAUUUGUUUCGAAACUAUGAAUGGUAACCUCUCCAAGGCAAUGCGGCCAAAUGAGAUUCCGGUGAUAUUGAAGCCUUCAAUGGAGGCAAUGAAUAUCGCCAUUGAAGCUGCUCAGGUCGAGCCUUGUCGCACGCUCUUCCUUGAUGACAAUGUUCGGAACAUAGCUGCUGGGAAAGCUGUGGGGCUCCGAACAGUUUUGGUUGGAAGAACAACCAAAACCAAAGAAGCGGACUAUGCACUGGAGAUGGUGACUGAUCUGUUUCAAGUGGUUCCAGCAAUAUGGUUCAAGGAAGAAGAAGAUCAAAAGAUGAGACGCACAGGAAGCGAAUUAGAUUCACUUCUUGCAACCACAGCUGUGGGUGCUUAAUUUAUUUCAAAACCCUAAGGUCUAGUCUUUGGACCACACUACAUAUGUAAAAAAGCGUACAUAUACUGAUAUCCCCCUCCAUCUCAACCUUGUAAACAUCUUUAAUGUAUGUGAAUAUAUGUACUUCUAUCAAUGUAUGUGUAUAUUAUAAAAUAACAAAAGAAGAUCAAGAAAGGUGGUUUGUACAUCCAGAA